CGUUCCCAGCCUGAUAGAAUACCUAGGUGAAGAAGCUCCAUCCGCAGUUUCAUCAUGGUCAAUAGCUAGAACUCAGACAAUGUAUCCUUAGCGAAAUUCGCUACAGAUCCUUCCACCAUGGCGGAAGCACACGUAGACCCGAACAAGGAAGCCCCUUACCAUCUUAUCUACUGGCAUGUUAUUCCAGGGCGUGGCGAGCACAUCAGACUCUGCUUCGUCGAAGCUGGCGUCCCCUACUCCGAUACUGCCUUUACGGAGGGUGGCAUGGAAACCUUGCACUUCCAAUAACACUAUGAGCGAGAAUUUACAACUACGAUCCUAUCUGACGUGAUGACUACUAACUCUCCUGUGGGGGCUGUUUAUAAGGCUGUGUCUGCAUGAGGGUGUCAAUAGCGGACAGAGCUGACCCAGCUCCAGCUCGCAUAUGCCUACAGAUACAUGUAUUCGAGAUGAAAGGUUCGAGUAUCAGAACUCUAAUUAGCAUGGCCAUGAAGAUGUUGAAUGGUGGGCAUUUACGUCGUAGAACAAUGAUAAGAAAUCACUCAGUUGAGUGCAGUUCAUGUUGAUGCUGAAUGCCUUCAUAUCCUAUUAUAAAAUGAUUCUCACACAUCGUAUCAAGAUACGUUAUUUUGCCGGUGUGAUUACUUCCAAAUGGCAUACGACAUGGGUACAACUACUCGUGGCAACGAACAUCCUGAUUCCUCUGGGCACGCUCAUAUUCAUGGCUGGUCUCUUCCGCAGUCGACCUCUGCUAGAAGUCACGGAUAUUCUCAGCCCGUCAUUAGAUACCACAGUUUAUGAGGCACCUUUCGACAAGGUCAUCUUUAUGAUGGUUGAUGCGUUGAGGACCGAUUUUGAUUUCUCUAAGGAAGGUGGCUUCCCAUUUACGCAGAGCCUUAUUCGCUCGGGCGCCGCUGUACCUAUAACAGCCCUUGUGUCCAUGCCAAUCUUGACCCUGUCUAGUAUCAAGGCCCUGACUCAGGGGUCGAGUCAGUCGUUUCUGGAUGCUUGGUUAAAUGUGGUUAACUGGCCUGAGGACUCGCGUCUGGACGGCGGAGAUACCUGGCUCGUACGUCUCAAGGAAUCGAGGACUGAGCACCAGAAACUCGUCUUUUACGGCAUAGAGGAGUGGAUAGACUUGUACCCGGACGUCUUUGACCGCAAGGAGGACUUCUCCUCUUUCCACCUCCCAAGGCUCGUUGAUGGUGACCGAAAUGUCACUAGAAACCUGUCCAAAGAGUUGGAGAAUAAUGACUGGACCGCUCUGGUUCUGCAUUACUUGGGACUCGACUGUAUAGCUCACAUGGGGGGACCAAAGUCUGCUCAUAUGCGGCCCAAGCAGCUUGAGAUGGAUGAUGUUGUCAGAGACAUCUACACCGCCUUGAUCCGCGAGCUUCACAUGCAGGAUACUCUUCUGGUUCUUCUUGGUGACCACGGCAUGACAGCUCAGGGAAAUCACAGCGGGCGCCUACCCGAGGAGCUCGCCGCCGCCACCGUUUUCAUAUCCCCUAAACUGGAAAGCAUGGCACAGCCACGGCGCAGCUCCCCCCUAGAAGCUACCGAGGACUACCUAUACUACUUCACUGUACACCAGAUCGACAUGGUCCCCACGCUUUCAGGAUUACUUGGUUUUCUAAUCUCGUCAAGAAACUCGGGUAUCUUCAUACCUGACAUGCUUCCCGCUUUUGACGACGACACGAAAGCUGUGGAGUUUCUGGCCGAGAACGCAAAACAGAUACACCGGGCUCUUGAACUAUCGAGAAAAUGCCCCAAAACAGCCAAAGUCUUAGAUGAUAGUAAGAGUUCUACCAGAUGCUACGAUGGCCUGGAUCGCGCAGACGAUCUGUGGGAAGCUAUGCUGUUGGCGGAGAAGGCCUGGGCGAACUCGCCCAACAACGAAGCCAGAGAGUAUUUGAAAGUCUCCAUCUCCGAGGCGAGUGGGUUCGCCGCCGCUGCCCAGGGCCUUUUGCUCAAAUCCGUAGAUAAUAUCAGCGUCAGUCGGCUGCAUAGUGGAGUUUAUUGUCUUACAGCUGUAGCAGUGCUAUCAUACGCAUCACUUCGUUCGUUAGACUUUAGCGGCUGCUCACUAUUGAUCGCCACGGCAGCUCAUUCCGCAACCAUGUUCGUCCUCGGCCUCGUGGAAGAGGAGCACCAUUACUGGCACUGGGCUUCACUUCUAACUCGCCGAUCUGGCUCUCCCUCGGCAUACUUGGGUCUAAUCACCCUCCACUUCCUGGGCCAAUGUGUCAACAAUCACGGCAUCAAGUAUUCCAUCGCCGAGUCAAUUGAAGAUCUCCUCGUUGCGCAUCCAGUCAUCCUGUGGAUCCUCGCCUUUCUGUCUCAUGCCCUGGCUUUUGUGAUGAAUGCUAAGAAUCUGCGAGACGUCUUAGGUCGGUUCGUUGCCGUCGUGGCAUCUCUCACCCUUUGCGCGGCAGCAUUUGUGUUUAAACUUUCGUCAACAUACACCUCCAAUCCAGAAUCGUUGAGCUUUAUACCUCAAUAUGUAAGCAAGUUGCUGGCUGCUGUGUCGCAGGAGCGCCUACUACGUGUCUUCUGGGCCGAGCUUCUUGCUUGGCUCAUUUUCUUCAUAUGGCAGCACCGAAGCCCAUAUAGUCCCAACGAGGAGUUCUGGUAA